AUGAGUCAUAACAUCCUCUUGGAAGGUAUGUGUAAAUCCUCGUGUCAGGUUCCAUUUGAGCUGAGAUCGUGGGCUGGCAUCGAUCCCGCUGCCGGCGCCGGCUUGGCCCGCCACCUAGUCGCCGACGCACCCUCGGGGAUGACCCCAAUACCAGAUUCCUUUAUUACGUUGGCGCUCUCCACAAUAGACAGAUACGACAUAUACAUUUGA